UUAAAGAAGAAAAUUUUUCACAAACCUCCAAAGUCACCAAAGUCUCCAUACAGCUCUAGCACACAACUGUAUCCUAAAAAAGCUGCAGCUUGGCAGUCUCUGCAGGGAACAGGCAGUGCACGUCUCGAGAGUGGGGCUGUAAAAACCCCGAGGCAGAUGUGGCUGGGAUCGCUGAAACAAGGAAUGAGCCAUCCUCUGAAAUCAAAUGUUGACGUAGGGCAUAUGAGAACUAAUGUUUCUAGUAGCACUCCCGAGUAUUUGAAGGAAGCUCUAGGAAUGAAGAAGCCAAAACAUUCUCGUUCUUCUAGUAAUGGCUACAUUCCUGGAACUCCUGACUACAAAGAAAAAGAAGAUAUGUAUGAUGAAAUCAUAGAAUUGAAAAAGACGAUACAAGCUCAGAAAAAUGAGGGAGAUCGAAUGAAAACUAAGCUACGUCGACUAGAAGAAGAGAAUAAUAGAAAGAAUAAACAGAUAGAACAACUGUUGGAUCCUUCCAGGGGCUCAGAGCUGGCCCGAGCUUUGUCAGAAAAGAAGACUGAUAAUGGAUGGGUGGUUAGUGGAUUAAAGCAGAAGAUUCUCGAGCUAGAACAACAGUGCAAGGAGAAAGACAACACUAUUAACAAAUUCCAGGCAGACACAAAGACCACGACUUUGGAAGAAAUGAGGAUAGCUAUGGAAACCUACUAUGAAGAGGUUCAUCGUCUCCAGCUCCUCCUGGCAAAAUCUGAGACUAUGAGGAAAAAUACAGAGGGCAGAGAUACUCAAAACCGACUAAAGACACUGAAUGCUGCUGUCCUGAGAUUAUCCAGGAACAUCAAGGAAUUGCAGAAUGAGAAUCGGAGACUAAAAGAAGACCUAGAUCAUGUACUGAGCAGUUCUCCUCCUUCCAGUAAGACAAAAAAUUAUAGUGAGUGGAGCAGACAGAGGCUGGUGAGGCGGAUUUCGGAACUCGAAAAAAAAGUAUAUGCCAUGGAGAACACCAGGGUGUCAUCAGCAGAUAGUGAGUCAUCACAGUUACUCGCUGUGUCAUCUUCACAUUCUAUAGACCUGGAUCAUCCAGGCUCUCAACAGGUAGACCAUGUUGAGGAGUGUCGUCGCCUCCAAGGGCUGGUGAAGAAACUGAAGAGUGAUAGGAAGGCACUUCAAAAUCUCCUACUCAGCAAAGAAUUAGAUAUCAAGCAGUUAAUGCAGGCUAAGGCUGAAGUGGAGCUGAAGCUGCAGAAGUGGCAGAGUAAGAUGGAAGAAAAGAGUACAGAAGAGCAGACUUUAAGUGAGGAAAUCCAGGACCUGACACAGAAAGCAAGGAAAUUGGAGUCAAAAUUGGAGGAAGGGAAGAGACAAAUGGCAGAAGAUACAAUGGAAAAUCUUAAUAAGUCGUCACCAGUCUGCAUGGUUCAAGGCAAAGAAGAUCACAGGAAGGAACAAGCAGCCAAAAUCAUCCAGAGACACUGGAAGAUGCACCAAAACAAGAAAGAAGAAAUUGCUCUGGAUGAGGCAGUUGUUACGCUUCAGGCAGCUUUCAGAGGACAUUUAGCUCGACAGAAACUGUUACUGAAUCACAGGAUGCGUGAUGCAAAACCUCACAACAAGAAGUCCUGCACAUCUUCCAUGACGAACUCCUUGAGCUUGUCUUCUGAUUGCAAGGAGAAAGAUGAGAUUGUGACAUUCAUCCAGUCCAUUUUCAGGGCUCACUUGGCACGUACAGUACUGCUUGAGGAGAGUAUGUCUUUUUGCAGACCCUCUGUGUCCAGUGCACCAAGUGAGAAAGGAGAUUGUGCAGUUCACAUUACAGAGAAGAAACCGCUCUCAGCAACACUCCAGAGACCUCCUUCAGUCUUCAUGCCAUCUCCUCCUGCCAGGUCCUCUGAGAAGCAGUUGCAGCCGACUCCCCCUCUCUCCGUGGAUGAAGCUCACUCGGAUGAUUCAGAUGAUGUUGUUAUUGUCUCCCCAUUGUUGCAGAUGAAGAAAAACUACACCCACUUUUAA